AUGAACGUGCAUCUUCCGUUGAAGAGUAAAGAGUUAAAGACACUUCACAGACUACGAAGUCUAAAGCAUGUUCCUGCACUCGCCGCUCAUUUCGCCCACCAACAACGACAAGCGGAUAGUCAGGACCCUGAAAUCCAACGAGCUUGGUUCAAUGCGAUGAAAGAUGUGUUUGAAGAAAUCAAUGAAAUAUUUUGGUGUGUUCCUUUCACCACCCCAUUCCAAUUCUUAGACGUCGGCUGCUGUCCAGGCGGAUUCUCAUCUUACAUCCUUUCACGAUACCCUCUCGCGAAUGGGACCGGGAUGUCUCUUCCUGUCGAGAAAGGAGGACACAAGCUACUUCUCGGAGAAGAUUUUCAUACUCGGUUUAACCUCAUAUGGGCCGAUAUCAUGUUAUUUGAACUAGGAAACCGUCUCGUUCAUAACCAUGGGCCCAACACUUUCGCUCCUACUUUCCCUUUCGCUCCAGAUCACGGAGGGUUCGACUUGAUCAUCCUCGACGGUCAUCCACUGCAUACACAGGCUAUCGGAGAUUCCGAAGAUGUCCAUAUCCUAGGCGAUCGAUUGAUCAUCUCUUCUCUUAUCCUUGGGAUGUUUUGUAUCAAGAACGGAGGAUCGAUUAUGAUGAAGUUGUCUAUGCCAGAUAGGAAGAUCACCGCACAGAUCAUGUAUCUGUUCGAUAUGUUAUCUGGAGAUCUGAGAACGUGGAAACCGGUCAACAUCCACGCGAUACAAUCGACGUUCUACGUCAUCGCUCGCGAUUUUGGGGGCGGAAUGAUGGCGGGGAGGUAUUGGUAUGUCUUGACUGGGUUGAGGGAUCUUUGGGAGAGGUUGGUGGUUGGGGAGCAGAAUGGGAGGUUGAGACAUGAUGAUUUGGAUUUUGUGGUGGAUAGGAGAGGGUUGAAGGCGUAUUCGGGAAGGUUAGAGGAGCUUAGUAGGCAUCUUUGGGAUGUUGAAGCUCAGAGUUUGUUGCAAUGGCAUGAGGCUCGGGAGAAUGGAUUCUAG